CGAUGUUAUUUAAACUAGCACAAUAAUUUAAGACUAGUUUUAAGUUACAUUGACUCAAUAAAACACUAGUAUGUCUCGGCAAUCGAAUUAUUUGUCAAUAUCGGAUAUAUUGGUAACAAACGAAAAAAUACCUUGUAAAUUUCUACACGAUUUGCCAAAAAUGGGAUUCUUGGAUCCUUCGUCAACAGAAGAUGAUUUAAAAAUGGGAACAAAUGUAGAAAUACCUCUUUGGCUAGCAGAGUCUUUAUAUUUCCGAAGACCUCCAUUGGUCAGUGUUGACCUUCCAAAAAUAUAUAAGGAAGCAUACAGAGAGAUACUCAAUGCAGAUGCAUGCACAGUAGACUUGCAUAAAUUAGGACAACAUUUUUAUGAACUUGGCUGUUAUAUAGCAAAACAUGAUAUAAAGGGUGAAGUUGCUAAUACACUGAUUAAUACUUUCAGGCAAAGGUUUCGUAUGAUAUUAUCUGCAAGUGCUUCAACUGAUUCCAUUAGUUCAUUGCAACCAUUAUCAGAAAGUGAAAGAGAACGCACAACAGCUGCUGCAGUGACUGAAAAGGCUUUAUCACUGUGGCUGCAGAGAGGUGACUGUCCAUUGAGUACUGCUAAUAUGGUUGCAAGUCAUAGGAAACGUAAAAGAGCUGAAAUGGAAAUGUUCUGAAUUAUGUUAUUACAUUAUCAAUGUUGCAGUUUUCAUUGGAAGUUCUUUGUAACUAACAAAAAAUAAUAGAAAGUAAGUUAAUUAAUAAA